UUCAGCAAGGACUCCUGUGAAGCACUGCUAAACAUCCCUCACGUUCCAAAAGAGAUCGGAUCAUAACCAUAUACCUAAGCAGGAGUGUUGUCAGAUACUAUUUGUUCAGAUUGCUGCUUUAAUUACUGCCAAGGUAAUUACCAUAAGGAGAGGGAAGAGAUGACAGCGGUCCUGGAUAGCCUUGGUUCGGAUAUGCACACAACCCAUCUUACCUCCAGUAACUUCAGCGCCGUGCACAAGUCUCAGGACUCUCCCACACUCCCAGUGUCCACCGUCACCGACAGCAGUUUCUACAGCGUCCCUCAGAGCGCAAACUGCGCAGGAACAGCGGCUUACGCGCAGCUCGCGUCCUACUCGUACUCCCAUGGCGGAGGGGUGAGCGGUGGACCCUACAGCCCCAAACCCUACGACAUGGGCUUCGGCUCUUCAUACGGCGCUUAUGGCGCCUACGGACCCGGUUCUCCAUCACCAACUCCUACAGAGCCAGAGAAGGACGAGAGCGAGCCUGAGGUGCGCAUGGUGAACGGCAAGCCAAAGAAAGUCCGGAAACCGCGAACCAUCUACUCGAGCUUCCAGCUGGCUGCUCUCCAACGCCGCUUCCAGAAGACGCAGUACUUGGCGCUACCGGAGCGCGCAGAGCUCGCAGCCUCUCUGGGCCUGACACAGACUCAGGUGAAGAUCUGGUUUCAGAACCGCCGCUCCAAGUUCAAAAAGUUGUGGAAAAAUGGGGAGAUUCCGCCAGAGCAGCACGUGGGCUCAGGUGACUCUCCUCCGGCGUCUCCUCCCUCACACACCGCCUGGGAUUUCCCCUCAAACCAACAAGCUACAGCAGACGGGGACUCUAAUACAGAGCAGGCGGUUGGUCCCCCCAACACCACCGCACCAUCGUAUUUGUCCAACUAUCCAUGGUACUCAUCCACGAACGCACAUUUACAGCAAAGCGCGCUCUCGCAGCCCCAUCACAACUCCGCCAUGAGCGCUGGGGCAAUUUUCUAGCCACGAACUCGGGCAUCGGAUGCACCUGUUACAGAACAGUGAACUUGUAGUGCACAUACAAGAACGGAGAGAGGGAGAAACCCAAACACUAACUCCGACAUGCAAUUUGAAUUCUUUUUGUUUCUUAUUUCUUUUGCGGUGGAUUUCCGUGGCGCGCUCGAGUGCGCAGAACGUGCAACAAAUCGACGCACAUUAAAUUAUUUUUCUAUUUAUUUAUUUGUUUUGUUUGCAGUCGCAGGACAGUGGGACAAAUUACAGUACAUGCCAAGUUAAAAAAACGGGUAGCCUUUUAUUGCGUGCAUUGUACAGUACAUUUUCCUAUCAGACUAUAGUAGGCCUGCAGAGUAAUCUAUCAUGCUGUUUAUACAACUUGUACUCACAAUAAAAAAAGAAAGAUGUUGAUGUAGAACUGUUUCUGACUAACCUUAACUUUAAAAUGUGCGUGCAUUAAAAAGUUGCUAUUGAUUGGGGUGGAAUAUAACCUAAAAUAAUCCCUCCUGUUGAAAAAAAAAAAAGACAGAGAAUUACUGGACUGGAUUUUUACAAGGCCUGGACAUUUUAUGGAGAACCCCUGAACAACAACAACAACAACAGCAGCAACAACAAAAAAAAACAUCUUAAGUACAUCACACGUUUGGAAAAUGUAAAAUUUUAUGGUUGUUUAUUAAAGGUUGUUUGGUCUUCCCUCUGGAGGGAACCCUAUGUAAAAA